GCCUCAAGUGACAGCGAGCCCUAUCGAUCGAUACUUCCCCAGCCUCGUCCGUCCCCUCCGUCGACCUCCUUUCUUUCCUUCCCACCACAUUCGUUCAGGCGUCGCAAUGGCUGCAGCACCCUCUGAGCUCGAGCCAGCCCCGGGCGACCGUGUGGCCGUACUGGAGGACGGUAUACCGGCCCUUGUAUUCGGCGCGGCUUGCUUUUCGCACUUCUACGCCGACGAGGCGACGCUCAAGUCGAGUAGCCUGCCAGCAGAUACAGUCCGCAUCGCCCUACGCUAUGGCAUCACCGCCUUCGAUACGUCGCGAUACUACGGCGAGUCCGAAGUUGUAUUGGGCGAGGCCCUCAAGGCGGUUGCCGAUGAGUUCCCCCGGGAGUCCUACCAGAUUAUGACGAAGUGUGGGCGCAUAGCCGGUUCGACCUUCGAUUACUCCCCGGCAGGCGUCCGCGCAAGUGUCCUCCGCAGCCUCGAGCGGCUGCAGACCACCUACCUCGACACCGUGUACCUGCACGACAUCGAAUUCGUCGCCACGCCGUGUGCGCCUCGCACCGAGGGGAACCACUUCGGCGCCCUUGGAUCGGAGGCGCACAAGUACGACCUCGUAGCCGACUCUGCCCACAGCGGACCCCUCCCCUCCGCCACAUCACAGGGCCUCCCGGACGAAGCCGCCUUCUACGACCUCGCGCCCGGCGACGCGGCCAAAAUCCGCGGCCCCGGCGACGAGCAGAUCCUCGCCGCCUUCGCCGAGCUCCGCAAGCUCAAGUCCGAAGGCCUCGUCCGCCGCAUCGGCAUCACGGGCUACCCUCUCCCGAUCCUCCUCCGCCUCGCCAUCCUCAUCCGCGCCACGCAGGGCGCGCCCGUCGACGCGCUGCUCUCAUACUGCCACCUCACGCUGCAGAACGCGACGCUCGCGGGCUUUUUGCCGCAUUUGUUGAGGCGCGCGGGUGUGAAGACGGUGCUGAAUGCGUCGCCGUUUAGUAUGGGGUUGUUGACCAGUGCGGGGGCGCCGGGGUGGCAUCCGGCGCCCAAGGGGCUGAGGGAGGCGCAGGCCAAGGCGACCAGGGCGCUGGACGCGGAGGGCACGGAUUUGGCGGAUGUGGCGUUGGGGUAUUCGUUAAGGGCUGGAGCGGGCGUGCCGCUGGUGGUCGGGCUGAGCAACCCGCGGGAGGUGCAUGAAAAUGUGCGUGUAUGGCGGGAGGUGACGAAGGCAACGUCGGCGGAGAAUGAAGUCAGGAGCAGGCGCGAGAAGAUAGUUCAGGAUACCAUUCGCGAAGCGGGUUUCCUGGAUUGGUCUUGGGCCUCUCCCUGAGUUGUGUAGCUGCAAAGAUGAAAAAUGAUGUAUUAUGUGCCCAUUCUGUCAACCGCAAGCGAAGACAAGCCCCAUCGUAGCGACCACUUGUUGGCGCGAUCCGGCGACGGAGUGCUCAAAUUUCAACCCUAGCGGGUCUCGUCGGAUAGUUGCGUUGCUUCUUCCUAUAGAAUAUCCCC